AUGGAGACUUCAGGAUCCUCCACCCAGGCUCAAGACCACAGUCGAGUUCACGGAGAUACAGAAGAUACAGACCGUGGAGAGACAGAUUUCCACAGGCAAGACGGGGAGGCCGGACUCUUUUCUCCAAAACAACAUAAGAGAGACAAAUCUUCCUCUUCCUCCUCCUCCUCUUCUUCCUCCUCCUCCUCCUCCUCAUCGUCCUCCUCUGCCUCAGGGAGCAGUGAUGAGGACCAGCACCACAGGGGAAUCAGAAGACGUCGGCAGAGCCAGGGGCAUGGACACCCCCAUGGGGACGACUCACCCGGUGCUGAGCAUGGGGAGCCUGACCUUUUGAAGAAUGAGCUUCAGCUCUAUGGAGGUGACCCUGGGGAGGUGGUGCCCUCUGGAGAAUCAGGACUCCGAAGGAGAGGCUCAGACCCAGCAAGUGGAGAAAUGGAGGCCUCUCAGUUAAGAAGACUGAAUAUAAAGAAAGACGAUGAGUUUUUCCACUUUGUCCUCCUUUGCUUUGCAAUUGGCGCCUUGCUGGUGUGUUAUCACUAUUACGCAGACUGGUUCAUGUCCCUUGGAGUUGGCCUUCUCACCUUUGCCUCCCUGGAGACCAUUGGCAUCUACUUCGGUCUGGUGUACCGGAUCCACAGCGUCCUGCACGGCUUCAUCCCCCUCUUUCAGAAGUUCAGGCUGAUAGGUUCAGGAAGACUGAUUGAGGCCAGUGCCAGGAGAGCCGCCAAGACAGACCCCGGUGUGACUCCAACGGCAUCCCUGAGCACAGAGUGA